AUGACAAUCUCUUCUUUUUCCGCUUUUAGGAAGUUUACAUCGAUAAAAGAUCCAAAUCUUCUAAUGUCGUAUAAGAUGGAAGUUCUAAGAAACCCCCAAUUGAAAACUCGGCCUAUGUUUAGAGUUACAACAGAAGAUGGAGAGCAGGAAAGGGACGGUGAUUUCGAACAGGUGUUCUACAUUGCUUUUGCGUUGCUUCCGUGUUACUAUAUGGAUUCUUCCCUUAAUGUCAAUGUCAGUUUUCGCCAGUUACUUCACAAUAUAUGCGUUCAAUUUUCCUUACCUCCUCCGAGGUACCGCAUGACCGUACUUACUGAUGGUCGAUUAUGUUCUCAUGUUGAUGUUGAAGUACCCAGAAGUAGCCGCUUUAUGGAGAUAAUUACCUGUCAUGGUGCUCCAUUUUCUGAGGCGAAUCAAACCCAAGAGGAUGCCGCAUGUGUAGCUAUUAAGAGGCUUAGUAAUAAAUUGGCUUUGAAGUUAGAGAUGUUAAUUUGGAGGACAAGAAAUAUUAUAAAAACUUAUAUGAUCGUAUUAGUGAAGAGCAUUUGGAACUUCAAGAUGAGUAUGAAAUGAUUAAUUUGGACUUUGAACUUCUCAAAAA